ACAAAACAGUAAGGAGGUGUGGCUAAAUCCUACUGGCUGAUGUGGCGUACGCAUGUUCAUGUUGUGGAUCGAGCAGUAAGGCCGGCCAGUGACUAGACUGGAGUGAAACUACAGUGGACGAACAAAGAUGAAGACAUUUGCUCUGAUACUUAUAGUACAGGCUGGCCUGUUGCUGGCCCCCGGUGCUCAAGGUGAAGCGAUGGACAUCACACAGGCCAACUAUGAAGAUAUUAGAUAUAGUGCUGAUAUUAUAUUGAUCAAUUUCUAUGCUGAAUGGUGUCGGUUCAGUCAGAUGCUCCAGCCCAUCUUCAACAAGGCAGCAGACAUUUUGAACGAAGAAGAGCCGAAUCGAGUGAUAUUGGGAAGAGUGAAUUGUGAGCAAAACAAAGACCUAUGUUCAACACCGUUCCACAUCUCCAAAUACCCAACUAUCAAGUUGAUACGACAUGGCUCAGUGGCUAAACGUGAGUACAGAGGUCAACGGUCGCAAGAGGCCAUCAUACAGUUUGUGAAGGAGCAGUUGAGUGAUCCCGUUCAUCCUAUUUCAGAGUACACGGAUGUUAAAUUGGAGGAAGUAAAGAAGGCAAUUGUCGGAUUCUACCCUAGUAACCAGAGCAACGAGUACCUCUUCUUCUCAAAGGCUGCCAUUAUUCUACGAGACGAUUGCCCGUUCUACAGUUUGAUAGGAACAACGGAAACUACACAGCUGGCCUUCCGAGAAGAGGGGGUUUCGGAUGUUGUGUACACUGGAAAUACGAGUGAUUUUUCCAAUGUAGUCAUGUGGUUACACGAUCGCUGUGUGCCGUUUAUUCGAGAGAUCACGUUCCAAAAUGGGGAGGAGCUCACUGAAGAGGGACUUCCUCUUUUGCUCCUCUUCUACCAUCCUGACCGGCCGCAGGUUAAGGAAGAAUACAGAGAAAGAGUUGCAGCUGACCUUGGCAGUCACAAAGGCACAGUGAACGUGGUGACGGCCAAUGGUGUCAUGUUCGCCCACCCCCUUCACCAUCUCGGCAAACAUGCCAAUGACCUUCCGGUGAUAGCGAUAGACAGUUUCCGUCACAUGUAUGUCUUCCCAAACUUUGACGACUUCAGAGUUCCUGGAAAGAUUCACCAGUUCAUUACUGACCUACACUCGGGCAAACUUCACAGAGAUUUCCAUAACCCAACCAAUGCACCUCAAGAGACGGCCUCCCACCAACAGCAGAGGAGAGAUGUGGAUGGAAGCCCCCCAGAGAGUGAGUUCAAGAAGUUGGCCCCGGGAAGAUCACGUUACUCUUUCAGAGAUGAACUAUGAACUGUUUUAGCUCCUAGGGUUACGAAACAUUUUGAUUUAUUAUAACACAUUAAUGAGUUUUGCUUACCAUUACCAUUAUUUUGGAGCAUAA